AUGGCGGCAGGUAGUGACACCAAAGGCGGUGGAACCCUAACACCACUACCUUCACUCUCUUCCUCUUCCAAUCCUCCCGGCGAAUGGCUUCACGCGCCGCCGCUUCCAACGCUUCCAUUCGAGCUCGUGGAAGAUAUCCUCUGCAGGCUUCCCGUGAAGUCUCUUUUACGAUUCCGAUGCGUCUGCAAAUCCUGGAAUUCCCUGAUCUCCGAUACCAAAUUCGCUAGAAGGCACCUUCAUGAGUUCACCCGCUACAAUCUCAUCCUGAAAUCCGGAAACCAUUUCAACUCGUAUCCACUCCAAUCUGAUUUCAGCGCAGUGACCCCCGGCACCACCCGAAUAGAGUACCCUCUCAACAGUGAUUAUAAUUGUGACAUUGUUGGCUCUUGCAAUGGCAUCCUCUGUUACUUGGGCUUCUCUGAAAGUCGUUCUCCACAUUUGGGUUUAUGGAACCCUUCUAUUAGGACAUGUAUGGAAUUGCCACCAUUGAGAGGUACACAAUGGUGGCAAUUGAAAAUAAGGCGUUCAUAUGGGUUUGGUUAUGAUCAUCUCAUUGAAAAUUACAAGGUUGUUGCUGUUUUUUCUGAUAUGGAUGGGUUAGUAACUGAGGUCAAGGUUUAUACUUUGGGUGACGAUUCAUGGAGAACGAUUCAGGAGGUAUUUCGUGGUUACCCGCAUGAUAUAUGGGGAAAAUUCGUUAGUGGAACAGUUAACUGGUUGUCAUAUGUUAAUGUUGUUGAUGAGAUUCUGGAUCAUGAGCAGUACAUUAUGUCUCUUGAUUUGGGGAAGGAGUCGGUUCGGGAACUUUGUCUUCCUGAUGUACCCAAGGAUGGACUCGCCUUAGGGGUGUUGAGAGAUUGCUUGUCUGUUGUGGAUUCUCUUAAUGGCAGCUUUUGUGUAGUUUGGGUCAUGAUGGAACAUGGCAAUGAUGAGUCUUGGACUAAAAUGUUUAGUGUUUAUCUGGGUGAUCUGCCACUUUAUAUUUCUAAGGGUGAUAAUGAAGUACUUUUGCCUCAGAAUUUAGUUGUUUGUAACUAUGAUGAAGUACUUUUACCUUCCUUCUCAAAUUUUGUUAUUUGUAACUAUGAAUAUAGCAUUGGUAAGGUGUCUAUGAUUUUGGAUAUUCAAAACGGAAAAUCUUGGAUCCUCCCAGUGACGUUUUUCUGUCUUGAGCCAGCAGUCUACGCUGAGAGUUUGAUAUCACCCUGGCCUCAAUAUUAG